UUGAAUGCAGCGUCAAAAAUUCUGCAGCUGCGGACCUUGGCAAAGUUUAAACUGUCAACAAACUGACACAAGUUUUACCGAGUUCAAACAGGCCUCGGCUAGCUUGAGUUUUUCUACACAAAAUGUGAGCUUUCUGUGAGUGUCGUAAGAAGAAGACCGAUAUGUUUAAUGUCUGUUCUUAAAACAGAGGACACUCAUGGAGACCUGCGGGAUAAUGUCAGCGCUGGACCGACCCGCGGCGGAGCUGACGGUCAUGGAUGUGUACGACAUAGCGGCGGUGCUGGGACAGGAGUUUGAGCGGAUCAUCGACAGGUUCGGCUGCGAGUCUCUGGUCGGGCUGGUGCCCAAAGUGGUCCGGGUCCUGGAACUGCUGGAGGCCCAGGUGAGCAGCGGUGCGGCCGGGCAGGAGGCCGAGGAGCUGCGCGGGGAGCUGGACCGACUGAGGAGGGCGAGGAGUGACAGGUCCGAGCAGGAGAGGAAGCAGCAGAAGGAGUUGGAGCAGGUGGAGGACGUUUGGAGAGGAGAGGUCCAGGACCUGCUCUCUCAGAUCAGACAGCUGCAGGCGGAGAACAAGAGGCUGUUAGUGAGCCUCUCUCUCAAAGACUGCCCCCCCGCAGAGGAAGAACUGCAGAAACAGGACGGAAUGUCAGAGAAGGAGAGGCAGGUGAUGAAUAAGCUGAAGGACUCGGUGGAUAAGCAGAGGGAUGAACUCCGGGCUAAAGACCACGAGCUGACACUAAAGAACGAGGAUGUGGAGGCGCUCCAGACGCAGCAGCACCGGCUCAUAAGAACCAACCAGGACCUCCGUCACAGGAUCGGGGUGAGGGAGGCUCAAGGUAAGGCUCUGAUCCAGCAGAGGGCCAGGCUGGAGACUGAGGCCCAGACACGGCAGCAGGAGCUGGGGGCGCUGCAGCUGGAGGUCAGCCGGCUGAGGAAGGAGCUCCAGGGAUGGGAACUGGAGAGAGAGAUACCGGAUAUUAAAGAAACCUCUCUGACAAUAUCUGAGUCGUCGCCACCUGAACCUCCACUGAUUACGGUGAGACUCAUCUUCAGCAGGCUGUAAACCAGGGGUGUCUAAUUCAUUUGAGUUCAGGGGCCACACACAGUGAUCUCAAGUGGGCUGGACCAGUAAAAUCAUAGCAUAAAGACAACUCCAAAUUGUUCACUUUGUUUUACUGCAAAAAACUAAUUUAAUUAACUGUCUUUUUACAAAUGUAAUUACUUUACAUUCAUUUCCACAUCUGCGUAUUAACCCUGACCUCCUGCACUGACACAACACCCUAAAACUAAUGUUGGAACUAUUAAGGAAGAAGGUUAAGUUUCCCCCUGCCUUGUAAAUAUAUACAUACAAAAUACAUAAAAGUUGUGAAAAUUGCAGUUAAUAUCUUCGCUGUAAUUUGUACACUUUGCUGAGCCGUAUGUUUGACACACCUGCUCUAAACAAUUGCACUUGAAUGGCACUCACAGACCUCUGCCAAGGCCAAAGGUGCAUUCAAGUGCUCCUUGGAUGUUCCCAUUUCCCGAUUUUGAGAAGUUUUUAAGUAGAUUUUUUUGAAUUAUAUUAUUCAUAGGCAAUAUUCACUUUGAUUGCCAUAUUUCUGAGGAAUAAGAAAGCAACUUUACAGGUCACCAGUUGGGAACUUAUUUUUCCAAUUAUUCCUAC